AUGGAACCCAAAUCUGAGGUAGCCCUGGUGGAGCAUGCGAAUACUUGCAGCGAUGACGACCACAAACACGACACGCUUGCUGCCGCGGAAGACGGCGGUAAACUCGACGCCACUGAUGAGCAGAAAGCCAUCCAGGCCACCCUCUCAGAACACGAUUUGACAAUCUGGGAAGCACUCAGGCGUUACAAGAAAGCGGCUCUGUGGUCGAUGCUCGUCUCGAUGUCGAUUAUCAUGCGUGCCUACGAUAUUGAAAUUACCGGAAACUUCUACGCCUUGCCGGCGUUUCGAGACCACCUUGGCGAGCAUGUCGAUGGACAUGGCAUGGAGAUUCCCGUCCAGUGGCAGGUGGCAAUGAGUAUGGGCCCUAUCGUCGGACAAGUCGCCGGUGCAUGGCUUGCUGCUGUACCCAUGGACUCCUUGGGCCGGAAGAAGACCUUGGCCAUUUACCUCAUCAUGACUUCCGCCCUCGUCUUCAUGCAAGUCUUUGCACCAAACCGCACCGUUCUCACCGUUUCAAUGUAUCUUGCUGGGAUCAUAUGGGGUGGCUACCACGUUCUAGCCCCUGUAUAUGCGUCAGAGGUUCUGCCCUUGCGGUUGCGUGGAAUCUUCAUCGCGUACGUCAGCUUGUGCUACGUGAUGGGCCAGUUCAUCCAGACAGGCAUCACACGAGCCUUCGUCAGCUGGAGCAGCGUAUGGGCAUACAAGAUUCCAUAUGCCCUGCAAUGGGUUUGGCCUGUCUUCAUCCUCGCCUUCCUUUACUGGUGUCCUGAGUCGCCGUGGUGGCUGAUUCGCCAGAACCGGCUGGACGACGCUAAGAAGGCACUCGAUCGACUUUCUAGCAAGCAGUGUCACGCCCACAACCACGAUGUGCUUGCCAUGAUGGUUAAGACCGACAUUUAUGAGAGAGAGCUCGAGGUUGGGGCUACAUUCCGGGAUUGUUUCAAGGGACCCAAUCUCCGUCGCCUCGAGAUUGCCUCUGCCGUCUUCAUCGUCCAAAACUUCUCGGGCAACCCAGUGGGCUUCGCGGUCUAUCUGUUUGAGCAGACUGGGCUAAGUUCAGAAAAUGCCUUCAACAUGGGUAUCGGCCUCAAUGGUGUUGGUUUCGUGGGUGUUUUCUGCUCCAUGUUUCCCAUCAUCUGGUUCGGUCGCCGACGCGCCUGGAUGUACGGCCUAACCUACAACAUUGCUUGUCUGUGGGUCGUGGCGUUCAUGUGUCUUGCCCCUGACUACAAAACCAACCAAGCCUAUUCCUGGGCUCAGGCAUCUAUCUUGAUCACGAUGCAACUCGUCUAUUCUCUGACUAUUGGACCGUUGGCGUAUGUCAUUUCGUCCGAAGUUCCCUCGACGAGACUUCGGGCAAAGACAUUGUCACUCACCGCCACUUUCAACGGAAUGUCAUACUUGGUCAUCACUGUUGCUGGUCCUUACCUAUUGAAUCCCGGGUCCGCCAAUGCUGGCGCCAUGAUCGAGUUUUUGUGGGGCGGGCUUAGUUUAUUCUCGUUUGCUUGGAGCUUUUUUCGUCUCCCAGAGACUGGAGACCGCACCUUUGAGGAGAUCGAUUACCUGUUUGAGAAUCGUGUUCCCGCACGCAAGUUUCGGGCCUAUAUCAUUGACGAAACACAUAUCUUUCCUAAUAUGAAGAACAAGGAAUCGAUUUGA